UGGACUAAACAUUCAAAGAACAAUUUUUCUCUCUUCACUACAUUUCAUAUAGCAGAAUUUUAGACUUUGGGGAGAGAUGGAACACCCUCCAAAGGAAGCCGCUGUGGAAAGCAGUGGACCAAAGGUUUUGGAAACAGCAGAAGAAAUCCAGCACAGAAGACAGGAGGUGUUAGACCAGUACCACAGGUUCAAGCAGCGUGUUGCUGAGAGGGGUCAGAAGCUUGAAGAGUCCUAUCACUAUCAAGUUUUCAGGAGAGAUGCAGAUGACCUGGAGAAAUGGAUCUUGGAGAAGCUUGACAUUGCAAAGGAUAAGAGCUAUGAACCCACGAACAUACAGGGGAAGUAUCAGAAGCAUGAAUCCUUUGUAGCGGAGCUGCAAGCCAAAUCAAGGGUGCUUCCUGAACUGGAAGAAAUCAGGGAAACCCGAUUUGCAGAAGACCAUUUUGCCCAUGAAGACACCAAGGCCCAUCUGAAGCAACUUCACCACCUGUGGGAUCUGCUCUGGGAGCUGACUCAAGAGAAGAGCCAUGUUCUGCUUCAGGCAUUGAAAUUCUACCAAUACUCACAAGACUGUGAAGAUAUCUUGGAGUGGAUCAAAGAAAAGGAAGCUAUUGUGACAUUAGUGGAACUGGGCGAUGACUGGGAAAGAACUGAAGUCCUGCAUAAGAAGUUCGAAGAGUUCCAGGAAGAACUGACAGCUCGGAAGGGAAAAGUGGACAAAGUGAACCAGUAUGCUAAUGAGUGUGCCCAGGAGAAACAUCCUAAGUUACCUGAGAUCGAGGCAAAACAGGCUGAGGUCAAUGCUGCCUGGGAUCGUCUCUGGAACCUGGCUCUCAAGAGACGAGAAAAUCUGUCAAAUGCUGCAGACCUCCAAAGAUUCAAAAGGGAUGUCACCGAAGCCAUCCAGUGGAUGGAAGAGAAAGAGCCUCUACUCACCUCUGAGGACUAUGGCAAAGAUCUUGUUAGUUCCGAGGCACUAUUUCACAGUCACAAGGGGCUUGAGAGGAAUCUCGCUGUCAUGGAUGACAAGGUGAAGGAACUGUGUGCCAAAGCAGACAAGCUGAUGAUUUCUCAUCCUGCAGAUGCAGCUCAGAUCCAGCAGAUGGAAGUGGAGCUGGUCUCCAACUGGGAACGCAUCCGUGCCUUGGCCACUAACAGAUAUGCAAAGCUGAAGGCUUCUUAUGGAUACCAUCGGUUCCUAUCUGACUAUGAUGAGCUCUCAGGCUGGAUGAAGGAAAAGACUGCUCUGAUCAAUGCUGAUGAGCUGCCCACAGAUGUAGCCAGCGGUGAAGCUCUACUAGCCAGACACCAACAACAUAAGCAUGAGAUUGACUCCUAUGAUGACCGAUUUCAAUCCGCUGAUGUAACUGGUCAAGAUCUGCUGGAUGGCAAUCACGAAGCUUCUGAGGAAAUUCGUGAGAAGAUGACAAGACUAGCCAAUGACUGGGCUGCCCUGCUGGAACUGUGGGACAAGUGUCAGCAUCAGUACCGUCAGUCCCUGGAUUUCCACCUCUUCUACCGAGACAGUGAACAAGUGGAUAGUUGGAUGAGCAGACAGGAGGCCUUCCUGGAAAACGAGGACCUGGGGAACUCAGUGGGCAGUGUAGAUGCCCUUCUUGAGAAGCAUGAUGACUUCGAAGAAGCAUUUGUUGCCCAGGAAGAAAAGAUUAUAACCUUGGAUGAGACUGCAACCAAGCUUAUCAACAAUGACCACUAUGACUCUGAGAACAUUGCUACUAUUCGUGAUGGGCUACUGGCCAGGCGAGACGCUCUGCGUGAAAGGGCUGCCACUCGACGAAAAUUGCUGGUAGAUUCCCUGCUUCUCCAACAACUGUACCAAGACUCGGAUGACCUAAAGACUUGGAUCAAUAAGAAGAAAAAAUUGGCUGAUGAUGAAGAUUACAAGGAUGUGCAGAACUUGAAGAGCAGGGUUCAGAAGCAAUUGGACUUUGAAGAGGAACUGGCAGCUAAUAGGAUUAUGCUCAACAACCUGGAGAAAACUGGCCAGGAGAUGAUUGAGAAUGGUCACUACGCCUCUGAAGCUGUGGCUGCUCGCAUGAAUGAGGUUGCCAACCUCUGGAAGGAGUUGUUGGAGGCAACAGCACAAAAAGGGACCGAGCUGUAUGAAGCUAACCAGCUGCUGCAGUUUGAUAACAACGCAGAAGACUUGAAGAACUGGCUAGAGGACAUGGAGUGGCAGGUUACCUCUGAGGAUUAUGGGAAAGGCCUGGCAGAUGUGCAGAAUCUCCUGAGGAAACACAGCCUUCUUGAGUCAGCUGUGGCCGCUCGUCAGAAUCAAGUGGAUACCCUCACAGACAUGGCUGCACAUUUUGAAGAAAUAGGUCAUCCCGACUCUGGGAACAUACGUGCAAGGCAGGAGUCUUUGGUGACCCGCUUUGAAGCUCUGAAAGAGCCGCUGACCACCAGGAAGAAGAAACUCAUAGACCUACUCAAGUUACAGCAGAUUUGCAGGGACUCAGAAGAUGAGGAGGCCUGGAUCCAGGAGACCGAGCCCUCAGCAGCUUCCACCCAACUCGGCAAGGAUUUGGUUGCAGCCAAGAAUCUUCUGAACAGACAUGAAAUCAUCUUGGCAGACAUUUCUAGCCAUGAGCCACGCAUUCGAGUGAUAACAGAGAGGGGGAACAAAAUGGUAGAGGAAGGACACUUUGCUGCAGAAGACAUAGCAUCUAGGGUUGAGAGCUUGAACAAAAAUAUGGAGUCUCUCCAUGCACGAGCUGUUAGACGGGAGAAUGAUCUCAAGGCCAAUGUCCAACUCCAACAGUACCUGGCGGAUCUACAUGAAGCAGAAGCAUGGAUUAAGGAGAAAGAACCAAUCGUAGACAACAAAAACUAUGGAGCUGAUGAGGAAGCAGCUGGGGCCCUCCUCAAGAAGCAUGAGGCCUUCCUGGUGGAUCUCAAUGCAUUUGGGAACAGCAUAACAGCUCUAAGGGAUCAGGCACAAGCCUGCCAGGAACUGCAGGCAGCACCAGUGGAUGAGGCUGGUCGAGAAGCUAGAGUCAUAGCUCUGUAUGACUUCGAAGCCCGAAGCCGUAGAGAGGUCAGCAUGAAGAAAAAUGAUGUCUUAACUCUGCUCAGUUCCAUCAACAAGGACUGGUGGAAGGUUGAAGCUGAUGAUCACCAGGGCUUUGUGCCAGCAGUCUAUGUCAGGAAACUGGCCCACGAUGAACUACCAGGGUUCCCACAGCAGCGACGAGAAGAGCCAAUCAACAUCCCCCAGCUCCAGCAGCAGAUAGAGGACCAAUAUGACUCCCUCCUGGACCGAGCAGAAGAACGAAGACGACGCCUGCUGCAACGCUACAACGAGUUUCUGCUGGCCUAUGAGGCAGGAGACAUGCUGGAGUGGAUCCUAGAGAAAAAGGCGGAGAACACUGGGGUGGAAAUGGAUGAUGUCUGGGAGCUGCAGAAGAAAUUUGAUGAGUUUCAGAGAGAUCUAAAGAGCAAUGAGCCUCGGCUAAACGAUAUCAACAAGGUAGCUGAUGAACUGCUGAUUGAAAAGCUCCUGACACCAGAAGGUGCUCACAUACGACAGGAGUUGAACACCCGUUGGGAUUCCUUGAAGAGGCUGGCAGAUGAGCAGCAUCAGCUGCUAAGCAGCGCCCAUGCUGUUGAGAUGUUCCACAGAGAAGCAGAUGAUAUCAAGGAACAGAUUGAUAAGAAGUGUCAGGCUCUUAGUGCUGCUGACCCUGGUUCUGACCUGCUCAGUGUCCAGGCCCUUCAAAGGCAGCAUGAGGUCUUUGAGAGAGACAUCAUCCCCCUGGGAGAAAAGGUGACCACACUGGGGGAGACAGCUGAGCGUCUCUGUGAGUCUCACCCAGAUGCUACUGAGGACCUGCAGAAGCAGAGAAGAGAGCUGAAUGAGGCCUGGGAUACCCUACAAGGUCUAACAAAUGAUCGAAAAGAGAGUCUGAAUGAGGCCCAUAAAUUCUUCCUCUUCCUCAGCAAGGCCAGUGAUCUGGAGAAUUGGAUCAAAGGCAUUGGUGGCGUAAUAUCAUCACCUGAGCUGGCUGAGGACUUAACUGGCACAGAGAUCUUACUGGAACGUCACCAGGAGCAUCACGAGGACAUGAAGGGAGAGGACCCCACCUUCCAGGCCUUAGAGGACUUCGGCACAGAACUUAUAGACGGAGGCCACCGAAACAGCCCUGAAAUUGAAAAUACUCUUCAUGAUAUUAAGUUAAAGAGAGACGAGUUGGAGAAGGGUUGGGAAAACCGCAAGAAGAUGCUAGACCAGUGCUUAGAACUUCAGUUGUUCCGAGGGAACUGUGAGCAGCUGGAGAGCUGGAUGGUGGCACGUGAGAAUUCCCUAAGGUCCGACGACAGGGAUCAUUUAAGCAGUCUCCAAGCUCUGAUGAAGAAACGGGAUGAUUUGGACAAAGCAAUCGCUGCCCAGGAAGGGAAGAUUGCUGACCUAGAGCAUGUUGCCACAAGGCUCAUAGAUGAUGACCACUAUGCCAAAAAAGAGAUUGCUGCUCGCCUCCAAAGAGUGCUAGACAGAUGGAAAUCUCUCAAAGAACAGCUGCUUGCUGAACUGGGAAAGCUCGGGAACCAUGCUGACCUGAAACAGUUCUAUCGUGACUAUGAGGAUAUAGAAGAAUGGAUUGAUGAGAUGCUGCCCACAGCAUGUGAUGAAUCCUAUAAAGACGCAACUAACAUUCAGAGGAAGUAUCUGAAACAUCAGGCCUUCGAAAAUGAAGUCAAUGGUCGUGCAGAGCAGGUUGACGGGGUCAUCAGUCUUGGGAACUCCCUGAUUGAGCGGGGCGUAUGUGAUGGAGAUGAAGAGAACAUGAAGGAGCAACUGGACAAGCUAAAAGAAAAAUGGGACUUUCUCCUAGAGAGAACAACUGACAAAGGGCAGAAGCUCAAUGAGGCUAGUCGCCAGCAAAGGUUCAACACCAGCAUCCGGGACUUUGAGUUCUGGCUUUCAGAGGCAGAAGGCUUGUUGGCCAUGAAAGAUCAGGCCAGGGACUUAACCUCAGCAGGAAACCUACUUAAGAAGCAUCAGCUACUGGAAGCAGAGAUGUUGGCGCGAGAGGACCCUCUCAAAGAUCUGAAUAAUCUGGCUAAGGAGCUGAUCUCCAGUGGGACUUUCAACAUUGACCAGAUAGAAGAGAAAAUUAAUGGUGUCAAUGAGCGCUUCAAAAAUGUCCAGAGCUUGGCAGCUGCACACCAUGAAAAGCUGAAAGAGACCUAUGCCUUGUUCCAGUUCUUUCAGGACCUGGAUGAUGAGGAAGCCUGGAUAGAGGAGAAGUUGUUGCGAGUGAGCUCCCAAGACUAUGGGAGAGACCUUCAGAGUGUUCAGAACUUACUGAAGAAACACAAACGCCUAGAGGGAGAGCUCGUGGCACAUGAACCUGCUGUCCAGAAUGUCCUGGAUACAGCAGAGAGCCUGAGAGACAAGGCUGCUGUGGGGAAGGAGGAGAUUCAGGAGCGGCUGGCUCAGUUUGUUCAACAUUGGGAAAAGCUCAAAGAGUUGGCCAAGACCAGAGGGGCCCAGUUGGAAGAGUCUCUUCAGUAUCUGCAAUUCAUGGAGAACGCAGAGGAAGAGGAAGCAUGGCUGAGUGAAAAGGAUGCCAUGGUCAGCCGAGGGGAUUCUGGAGACACACUGGCUGCUACUCAGACCUUGGUAUCACAGGAAGAAACUCAAAACAAGGAUAAGGUCUCUACCAAGAUCCAAGUUUUGAAUGAAAACACAACUUCUCUGGCCAAGGCAUUAGCUGCUUGGAAGUCACAACUGGAUGAUGACCAUGCCUUCCAGCAGUUUAACUGGAAGGCAGAUGUGGUGGAAUCAUGGAUAGGUGAGAAGGAAGCAAUUCUGAAGACCAAGACCAACGGUGCAGACCUCACUGCCUUCCUCACGCUUCUGGCAAAGCAUGACACGCUGGAUGCCAGUCUUCAGAGCUUCCAGCAAGAACGACUUUCUGAAAUCACCGAUCUGAAGGACCAGCUUGUGGCUGCUGAUCACAGCCAAAGCAAAGCCAUUGAGGAGCGACACGAAGCCUUGCUGAAACGCUGGGAGCAACUGCUGGAAGCCUCUAAAGUUCACAGGCAGAAACUACUAGAGAAGCAGCUGCCUUUACAGAAGGCUGAGGAGCUAUUCAUGGAAUUUGCACACAAGGCUUCAGCCUUCAACAACUGGUGUGAGAAUGCUGAAGAGGACUUGUCAGAGCCUGUGCACUGUGUCUCCCUGAAUGAGAUCCGGCAGCUGCAAAAGGAACACGAGGCCUUCUUGGCCUCUCUGGCUGGGGCUCAAGAAGACUUCAACCAUUUAGUGAAGCUAGACCAGCAGAUUAAAGCCUUAAAUCAACCAAGCAGUCCUUAUACCUGGUUAACAGUGGAGGUGCUGGACAGGAUCUGGAAGCACCUGCCUGACAUCAUCAAGGAGCGGGAACAGGAGUUAAAGAAAGAAGAGGCUAGGCAGAUCCAGAACUUUGAAAUGUGCCAGGAGUUUGAGCAGAGAGCCAGUGACUUCCUUAAGUGGAUCCAGGAGACAAGGGCCUACUUUCUGGAUGGAUCAUUGCUCAAGGAAACAGGAACUCUGGAGUCCCAGCUCGAGGCAAAUAAAAGGAAGCAAAAAGAGAUCCAGGCAAUGAAGCGACAUCUGACUACGAUUGAAAAUCUCGGGGACAACAUGGAAGAGGCCUUGAUCCUUGACAUCAAAUACAGCACCAUUGGACUGGCCCAGCAGUGGGAUCAGCUGCACCAGCUGGGGAUGCGAAUGCAACACAAUCUGGAGCAACAGAUCCAGGCCAAGGACACCAUAGGUGUGAGUGAAGAGACACUGAAAGAAUUUAGCACCACAUAUAAACACUUUGAUGAGAAUUUGACAGGACGUUUGACUCAUAAAGAGUUCAGGUCCUGCUUGAGAGGACUCAAUUACUACCUGCCUAUGGUAGAGGAAGGUGAACCGGAGCCCAAGUUUGAGAAAUUCUUGAAUGCCGUGGAUCCAGGGAGGAAAGGCUAUGUCUCUCUGGAGGACUAUACAUCAUUCCUGAUUGACAAGGAGUCAGAAAACAUCAAGACCAGUGAUGACAUAGAAAGUGGAUUCCAAGCCCUGGCAGAGGGCAAGGCCUAUAUUACCAAAGAGGACAUGAAACAGGCUCUCACACCAGAACAAGUGUCGUUCUGCACCAUACAUAUGCAGCAAUAUAUGGACCCACGGGGUCGAAGUCAACCUGCUGGCUACGACUAUGUCGGCUUCACAAAUUCAUUCUUUGGCAACUGAUAGAGAUAUUUUUAUGUUUCAUACAUCAUAGUGGGUCAGGAAAUGUUGAGGGAGAAGAAGCAGGCAAGUGUGGAAGGAAAGAAGAUGAUGCUCUGUGUGUAUGUGUGUUUUACAUUUAUUAAAAUAUCUAAAAUUUGUGAAGAGGAUAUUGCAGAGAGAGGACAGACACCUACCUAUAUGAU